CUCAAAUACCGUUCCACCGACAUGCGUCAUGCUGGCUGCAGCAAUGGUACUGUGCCACUUCCACGGUUACAAAAAGCUGUUCCGUUUCCCAAUUAUAUAUUGACUUGAGAGCAUUUCUGCACUAUUUCCUGGCAGCAAGACUUCAUACAAAGACAUUUUGCUGAGUCCACCUUGGGUUCCUAAAUUCCACCUCCAGCUAACAUGGCGGUCUCUUUGCUCUUCUACUUUCUGAGCAUAGCUCUUGGGGCCUGGUGCCAAACGGUCGCUUUACCUCCUCCUCCAAUUUCCACCAAUGUCUUUGUCACAGCGUUCCCUCUAACCGACGCGUCUCGUGUUGACCCGUAUGCACCAUGCUGCAAUCAGCCUCGCCGCUUGAUGCUGUCCCUUUUCCAACCAACAAACUGCACCAAGACUCACGGAAUCCCGUAUAUGCCACCUGCAACGGCUGCCUUCCACGAUGCCAUGUUCGGUUCGUUUGGCAUACCAAAUGGAACCUUCGAAGCAUUCCGUCUCCAAACAUGUCCUUCGCCACCCAAAAACACCGACUUUCCCGUGUUGCUCUUCUCCACAGGAGCUGGAAGCUCUCGCCUGACUUACAACGUGCUCUGCCAGUGGGUGGCGUCGAUGGGGUUCAACGUUAUCUCGAUCGAUCAUACGUACGAUGCCGAGAUUGUGGAAUUUCCGGAUGGGACUGUCAUUCAGGGUGCCAACAUCACCUUGCCGGACGACCUGUCACAAGUUCUGUCACUCAGGGUUGCAGACAUCGGCUCUGUGCUGAACGCUUUGGCCAACUCGACCGUCACAAAGCAGCUUGGCAUUCCGUCUUUCAAGAUCAAGCAUGUGGGGAUAUUUGGGCACUCGCUCGGUGGCGCAACUGCUGCAAAUGCAAUGCUGGUGAAGCCGAGGCUUGCCAGCGGUCUGAAUAUGGACGGUAGUGUGUAUGGUCCAGCGAUGAACAAAACCGACAAAAAUCCGUUCACUAUUUUUGCGGCCCAAGGGCACAAUCAAAGCAUUGAUGCAACAUGGGCUGCCUUUUGGCAGGAGCUGAAAGGCUUGAAACUGCAACUCCAAGUUAACGGUACCGUGCAUGGGACAUUCACCGACUAUCCAAUCCUGGCCAAAAGCAUCGGGAUCAACUCAACUGUCCUUCCAGAGAUUGUGGAAUUGAUCGGGACCAUUGAUGGAGCCAGGAUGAUGAAUAUCCUCCGCAGGUACAUCAGCGGAUUUUUCCAGGAGACUCUGGAGUCGCAAAAGGUCAGACUCAUCGAAGGGCCGAGCUCCCAGUUUCCUGAGGUUUCAUUUGUGAACAUGUCUCUGAGUUCGCAGGCAUGACUGCUGGCAGCACAUAGUUCGGUGUCGUGGCGGUGCUUCACUGGGACCGGCCAGAUCUCCCCCAGUUCUCUGCCGAGCACACAAACUCAAGUACUCAGUAGUCUCAUGAGCGCUAGGUAGAAUAUCCCUGUGCAAGUUGGAGAUGGGGAUCGAAGCUUAACGGAUGCUGAGAGGAUUGGUUCGUAGAGCUUUGGGAAGUGUGUUUAUAGUUCUCCCACAGUCUCCAUCAAGUGUCAUUGCUAUCC